AUGUUUCAUUUCUCGCAUUUCUUUGUGAUUUUUCGACGAAAUUUUAGUACUGUACCAAAUUGUCUUUUACAGAAGUUUCAUUUUCGCACUCUGGUUAGUGCACUUCCAAAGAGAUCACGACAAGAAAUCGAAAAGAUACUGAACAAUCGCCAAAAAUUUGAAAUCAUUUACGGAAUUCACCCUUCAUUAGCUGUUCUCAAUGGAAGGCAGCGCACAGUUUCUCGUGUGUUCUUGAGGGAAGACUUGUUUAAUCUUCCUCAUGAGGAAUUAAAAAUGAAGAAUCCCUGGUUGGCCUCUGCUGUUCAAAAGGCUGUGAAUAAAUUUGAAGUGAAAUCAGUCUCGUGCGAUUUUCUCACUGUCCUCACAAGCGGUCGGUCGAAUCAAGGAAUUGCAAUUGAGUGCACGCCGAUCCCUAUGCCAAGUCUCAAUGGUGUCUCAGCUAGUUCCCUUUUACAUUUUAAUCAUUGUGGUCAUAAUUUAGCAAAACCAGCCUCUUGUUGUGGUUCCUCAUCAAUUAUCCUUUUCUUGGAUCAGAUUCAAGAUGUCAUGAAUAUGGGAAGCAUCCUCCGCUCAGCUGUCUUUUUCGGCAUUCCAACUGUUCUCAUUUCCGCCUUCUUUUCUGCUUCCCCUUCUCCUCUUAUUAGCAAGCUAAGUUCUGGAGCGAUGGAGUCUCUAAAGUUCUUUCGAUUGACUAACCCAGCCUUAUCCCUGAAGCAGCUUUCUAAAGCGGGUUUCAUUAUUGUUGGCACUUCUGGGAUGCAGUCAGAUUCAUUAGGGAAUCUCAGUCAUCCUCCACCUCUUGAUUUGUGCCGCGUGGAGCCCCAAAUGGUUGGAUCCUUUGUAAAUGGUCCCCCACGACCUUUGGUCCUUGUUCUUGGAUCGGAAGCGUAUGGCUUGUCCGAUUCUGUGUUAUCUUCUUGCAAUUUGAUUGUGAGAAUUCCUGGUCUUGUCGAUCAGCUUGAUGAUUGCUCUGCGGUGUCAUCACCUCUUCCAACAUCUCUGAAUGUAGCAGCUGCUACCGCAAUUCUUCUGCAUCAGAUUAAAAGUAUUCGCUCGUAG